AAUUCAGAUUUGCAUUGUUUUGGUUUUUGUGGCACUUUUCGUCAUUUUCCAGUGAAGUUUUCUCGCAAAUUAAUGGAAUUUAUCCUGUAAAAAAGAAUUCUAAGGAUCUAAUAACGUGUGAAUUAUCAUCAAGAAGCAUUUACUUGCUUCUAAACAUGCUAAUUUGAGUGGUAAUGAGCAACCCCUUGGGCAGCCCACUAUUGAUCGUUUGAUGGAAUGCGCAUGGUUUGUGCGAAGAUACAAGAAGCGCACUAACGUGAAAAAUCACAUCGCAAGUCGACAUUGCAUUUUGAUUUGGGAUUUUAUCGAAGGGAAAAAGGUACAGAGAGUGGUGAAAGAAGUGCCCGUGGGUGCAAGGUGAUUAGUGCUUGAUAACAGCGUGAUUUCAGUUUGCAUCUGAACGCUGAGGCGUGUGGACGAAGAAAGAAAAAAAAAUAAAAUUGGUAUCAUAGCGUGAAAGGAGGAAGAAAAGACAUUGGACUCGACCCCCUUUUUCAGCAUUGCCUUCAAAUAGAGGUUUUCUCGUGGUGCAAAUUUCCCUUUUUUUCUGAAACAAGAUGUUCUCGGGUUUGACCAACCAAGUGACCUCCUGGGUGGGUGGGAAGAAAGGUGAACAGGAGGAUGGGACACUGCCAGCACAGCAAGAGGGGCAAACGGCACCAGAAGUUGCUGAGGCUCCGUCCACGGAUCCUGCUGCUGCUGUGCCUGUUGCAGAGGAUGCUGGUCAAAGCCCAACAAAGGCCGGCGGUGGGAUGUUUUCGAAUGUAAAGAGCCAAAUGACGGGAUGGCUGGGAAAUGCAUCAAUGCCGAGCAUGCCAACUGUCUCGAUGCCAUCUGUAUCGAUUCCAACAAUUCCUGGUUUUAGUAAAAAGAAUGCCGAGACCGAGGAGGGAGCUGCACCGGCUGAUGCAGCAGCUGGUGAGGUGGCAAAAGACACAGAAGGUGGUACAGCAGCCGAGGCGACUGAGGCAACAGCGGCGGAUGAUGAAGAUAAAUCUAGGUAUAUUAGCGCAACAGAAGGUGCGGAUUCAAAGCCUGGAUCGGGGCCAACAACUCCACAGGAUGACCAGGCUGGGCAAAUAGGGCAAGUGACAACAAAAGUAACACAGGGGGUUAAGAGUUUUGGCUCAUUCCUCUACUCAUCUGUUAACAAGGCUGGGGCCAAGAUCAAGGAGACCGUGAAAGAUAAUAGUAUUUUGGGUGAAUUUACCAAAGAGCAGGAGGCAUUUAUGAAGGAAAAUGCCGCAAAGGGUGGCUCUGGGCAGCUCCCGUGGGUUGGCAUUGCAAACGGUGAAAAGGUCAAGGAGGAAAUUCUUGGUUUAUCAGCAGACAGGCGUAACUUUGUCCGUGCCCCACCAGCUGGUGUGGACUUCCAAUUUGACUACGAUGUCUCCUAUACCGUGGCACAGGCUAUAAUGGCCGAAGAUACGGCCCUUGAGAAGAUGCGCUUUGACUUGGUGCCCAAAAUUAUCACAGAAGAAAAUUUCUGGCGCAACUACUUCUACCGCGUCUCACUCAUUUGCCAAGCUGCUGAAUUAGGUACGCUAGGUACGGAGUCUGGUAUUGGGCAGGGUUCACCUGAGGAGUAAGGAGGGAGCACGAGUACGCUGAUGGGGGAGACGCUGUAAUGAGAUAUGCAGCAAACUGAGAGAGAGAGAGGUCAAGGUAAGUUCAUUGAUUUGAGCAAACAUUUUUCUCACGGCCAUGCAAUCGAUCUAUCUACCCCCACAUGCUCAAACUCAUCUCCCCGCGCAGGAGUAACGUGAAAUAAAUAAUAUAUAUAAAUAAAUAAUAUAAUAUUUAGGAAUAUUUAUUCAUUUGGAUUAAAUACCAAAAAAAAGAAAAGAAAAAAACCCUUAAAAAGGAAAAAAUAGAAUAUUUACAAAAUUGCAUUUGAAGAAAAAAAACUAUUUGAGCAUAUAAAUGUCAUUUGAAGUUCGUUUUAAAUGAAAAAAAAUGAAAGAAACCUAUCCAUCUGGGAUAAAUAUUUAUCAAAAAAAAGGGAAACACAUUCACAAAUAAAGAGUUAAAUAAAUAAAAUGUAUUUAAAUAUAAUUUAAGUGAGAAAAGAGGUAAGAAAAAAAUCAUAAAAAUAUACAAAUAAAUAGAUACAUGAUUGAAAAUAUCCUGCGCUGUAUACAUUUGUAUAUUAAAUAGAAUGGUGUUGAGAAUUUGACAGCAAUGAAAAAAAAUGUAAUAUUUCAUCUACUUUAAUGACAUUGCUGAGAGUAACAGAGAAAAAAUGUAAAUUGUAAUGAUUUGUAGAACAUUAAAAUGCCAGAGAAUGCGGGGAAAAGGUCAGGAAAAGUUUAUAAAAGAAGAUUUUCUUUUGAUUGGUGAUAAGACGGGAUGUAGGAAGUGGGAAAAUGGGACGAUUUACAAGGCAAUUCAAAUCAUUUAUUGCAAAUAAUAAAUCAAUUCACCCGCAAAUGAUGAAUGUGACUGCGAUCAAGAUGCCCCAGACAAGUAAACCAAAAGGAAAUUGUUCAUUUUAUUGCCCUUAAAAAAUAUUGACGACAACGGGGAAAACCUGGAAAAACAAAUCUGGGAAAUUGGUGACAAAUAAGUAGAAAUACAAGGGCAGAAAAAGCUUUUACUUUCCUGAAAAGCUCGCAAAUAAUUCCAGGAAAUUAAUUUUGCAAACUUCCUAUUCAGAAGUUUAAAAAUAAACAAAGAAUUCAUUAAAUUUAGGGUCUAAAUUGAACCUUUUUACUUUUAAACAUAGACUGAAAUGUUAAUUUAAAAAAAUAAUUUCACUCCUUGAAAAUUUAAAAAUAAAAAGGUUCAAUUUAGACCUUAAAUGUAGCAAAAUUUUUUAAUUAAAAAAAUUAGAUUGAAUUUUUUGUUUGUUUUUAAACCUCUGAAAAAAAAGUUCGCAAAAUUAAUUUUCUGAUAUUAUUAAAUAAACUGAAUAUCUCUCCAAUCAUUCUCUUUAAAUCAGUUAGGUUUGUUUUGCUCUGGAGUCUUAACUUUUUGUUUUAUCUUUGUUUCAUGUACAUUUAUGAAACGUGAACGACGAAACAUUCUAGGUGUGACUUUACCAUUUUUUUUUACAAAAAAAAAAUUAAUGAUAAAUAUGUAAAUAGAACAAAAAUUAAUUGUUCUAUUAUAUAUCUUUCAAAUUAACUCCUCGAGAAUUUUUGCUCUUGCAAGCUUGAGGAGAUUUUUUUUUGGUGAAACAAAGUAACCAAAUGUUUCUCACGUGUUUUUAGCAGAAUCUCUUAUUUGAUCUCAAUAGGAAAAGAAAUUAUUAAACGAAAUACUGAUGCAUGUUUUAUGUAUUCAAUGUGGAUUAGAUGUGAAACGAAAGUACAAUAGGGGCGUGGCUUAUACAUUUUUGAUCAAAUAAUUUCAGCGUUUUCUCAGGUGAUUUCUGGGGAAAAGUAGGGGUCUCUGACUUUUUAUUUUUAUAAUAAUUUUCUGUUCGUAAUUUUGUUUGUCCCCAAAAUGAAUAAACUCCUUCAGAAGAAUUUUAGUCAAUUUAGCUUUCUUUUGUUCAAACAACUUCAAUUUUAUGGGCAGUUUAGUUGUGAAAUAAGCCACGAAGACACAUAUAAAUCACAAGUAUGAGCACCGUACAAAGGCUUAGCGUCUAUGAAUGAGUAUUUCUAGGCCAAUUUUUAACUAUUUGUCGUUAAAAGAAGAUUCUUUUACAGCUUACAGUGUGUCCGGGGCACCUUGAAUUGCAAUAGAACGAUUGAAACAAGAUGGGUUAAAAGUGUUUGAAAUAAGAUAUGAUGGGGAAUAGUGAAUGAAAAUGCAAUUAAUUAAUACGAAAAUGUAUCCAUUUCCAUAUUUGCUGCGUAUCAGACAUUUAUAUUUUCUAUUCUUUUCUGAUUUUUAAUCAUUUCUAAACACAGAGAGAAAUGCAUUAUUGUAAAUAAGAAUAAAGAAAGAAUUGAAUCUGCACAAUUUAUGCUGAAGUUGUUGAAAAAUUUUUUGCAAGACAUUGCGCCUACAUGAACAGCGAAUAUUUUUGUUGUAAAAAAAAAGAAUUUGAAGAAAAGCUUAAAAUAUUUUCUUUGCGUGAAAUGGGACAAAAUAGCAGGAGUAAUCAAUUUUGUUUAACUGCAAUUUUGGUCUCUUUUUAUAGUUGAAAAAAAAAUGACACAUAAGACGUUGUGAAAUGACGUUAUUUGUAAUUUAAUUCGCAGCAAUAUUUUGCAUUGGUCAAUAAUUAAAUAUUUGAACAGAAGGAGGGAAUUUUUAACAGAAAAAAAAGAAAUAAAAUAACUACGGAAAUAUUCAAGAUUAUUUGUUCAAUGAAUGGGUGAAAAAGCUCAAAAUAGUCAAAAUAUUAAUAUUUUUCGUUAAGAUAGAUUAAAAAUGUAAUUUUUGAGCUUUUCUUGCAUGAUUUUAUUAGCUCCGAACUUAUCUAGAUUUUGAAAUAAAUCUACUCUUCGAACCUCUAAGUUCCCUUUCAGAUUUUUUUAUAAAAUUAUUUUUAACCAUUUAAGUAUCAACCAAUAAAUUUUCUUGAAUUUUUAUUUAUUUAUUUAUUAGUCUGUAUUGUGUUAAUGCACUAAUUUUACGCAAAAAAAGGUCAAAGAAGGCAUUUUUCACAGAGAAAAGUCUUGCAAGUGCAUCAAGAAAAUAAAUAUCGCGAUAAAGAGAUCAAUGAUACAAAGUUAUUAUGUUUCAUGCUGGUUGCAAUAGUAACCAUUGUGCGUGAAACAUUAAACUUUGAAACAUUUGUUCUUUUUCAUCGUGAUAUUUACUAGAAGGAUGCUCUUAGUGGACAUUUAAGAGUCAAAUGAUCUUCUCUGGUCUCUUCUAUGGAAAUUUAAUGCAUUUAUCUGAAAUUUCAACGUUUUCCAGGAUUUCUUGGUCGCAAAAUAAGACCCUUUAUUAUGAUAAUUUCAGAAUUUUCUUUUAAACCACAAAUUUCAACAAACAUUCAUUGUUCAAAGUUUAUACUGAAUAUCGCUGUAAAAAAAAGAGAUGAGUUUCUAGAUAAAGGAGAACAUUUAAGAAAAAAAUAUCGAUGGGAGAUUUUUUGUAGCGAUGAAAAAAUUAAUUAAAUACCUACACGUAGUUAGAAUGUCAAUGAUAUAUAUAUUAAUAAAAAAAGAAGUUGAACAUAUUUAUUCUUGAUGAGAAAAGGGAGAAGGAGAAAAAAACAUAUUGCACACUUUGAAGCUUCCUUCUUUGACAUCCGAGGCUAAAAAAUUCUUUGAAAUCUCUGUGUCGUUUUUUAUUCUUUUAACCAAAAAAAAAAGACAAUGCAAUUGAUGUUUGCUAUGAAAUUUAUAUAUAAAAAAUACUAUCAAUAGCAUAAAUGAUAGCCAUCAGGAUAAUAAAAAAAGGUUAUGGAGAUAAAACGGAUGAAAUGGACAAAGAAAAUAAAUUUCUUGGAAGGAAAUGAAGAAGAGAGAAUUUACAAUUUAAUGUCAAUGGCGUCACUAAACACAUUUUAUUUUUUGAAAUAAAUUAACCAACACCAUUUAAUGAUUCUUUGUAAUUUUUCAUAGCGUGAAUAUAGCUAAAAAAGUGGACCUACAUUCACGAGCCCGAGAGUGAAGAUACAAAUUUUUAUCAGCUUUUUAGAUAAAAUGUGAAAACAUUGUACAGUUGAUGCUGAUUUUCACAAAAAUAAUAAAUAAAUUGCUGGUUACAUGGAAAUACAUUUUACAAUUAAAAAAUAAAGAAAAAAAAGUGAAAUUAACGUGACAGUGAAAAUAUAUUUAACAAAAAAAAACAAAGCUCUGUGAAUGUCAAAAAAUCUAUUAAAUGUCUUUUAAAACUCAUUGUAAUGGUAUAAAAAAAGGAAAAACUAAUUAAAAAUUAUAAAAUGAAAAUGUGUAUCGAGUAUUCUCUUAAGAUUAAAAAAAAAAUAAAUAAAAAAAAACAUUCCAUUCUUUAUACAUAACACAUCUAGAAAAGAAAAUCAUUUUCCCUUCUUUCGGCAAGAGAGUGCAAAAAGUCCUUUCAGAUUGACUUAAAAAAAAGAAAUCCACCAAAAAAAAUUGAGAAUAAAUUAUUUACUACCUUUAAAAAAAAAGAAAUAAUAUAAUUUUUACGUAGUUCCAAUCCUUAAAUUCCAAUGGGUGGGAAGUAAGAAGAGUAAAUAAAGAAAAUGAAAUAAAACCUAAAUAAAAAAAUAGAAUGAAUUAAAUGAAGAUAUAUAAAUAUUAUGUAUAUAACUUACAUUAUUUACAAUAUAAAAGAAAUGACAUUAAGAAAAAAAAGGAGUUUUAUUAACAGUUAAAGAAAAAAGGAAGAAUGUAAUUGAAAAAGAAAAAAAUGUUAUGUUUGAUCAUACCUACUUAUAAAUAUACAAUUAUGUAUGUAUAUGUUCAAAUGAA